GCACUAUCACUUUUGUCAUCGACAGUACUUCUGGUCAAAAUCUGUAUAUAAACUAGGCUUUAAACAAUUGGAAAUCAUUAGUUACAUUGUAUCCAGAACGUGCCUGCCUACUUAUUUCUUGGUCACAUUAAUUCAAGAUGGUUUCCAAACUUCUGCCUAUCCUGUUCAUCCUACCAAUCAUCUACGCGAAGAUAGAGAUAGACAUAUCAGCCACAGACGAGAAAGAGCGAGAUGUCCAUAUAUCUGGAAGCUACGUCGAUCUCAUCAACGACAUUGAGAGGAAAACCUUCGAUUUGACAGAGGAAAACCUGAAGAAAUCCAUUUCUAGCUACUUUGGUUUAGCCCCAGAUAACGUCUACCUAAGAAACCCCACCCCUUGGGGAGGCUUAUACAAAUCCCUGAACUGGGAACCUGUAAAAAGGGUGUUUCUACCCAAAAAAGCUACAAUUUUGACAGUGGAAACUAAACCAGUCAAAACUGAGAUCAAAAACUUAGUCAACGAAGAUUCAGAACCGAAGACCUUUAACGAGAAAAUCAACCAUUUAGUAGAAACCACAGUUUCAUCGAAAUGGGACAAGAAACCUGAAUUAGAAAUUGAAGACAUCCACUAUCAUCUCGACAUGAAAAAGCCAGAAGAUUCCAUGUACUUUGGAUUCACAGCUAAAUGGGGAGAAGAUACCGUUAAAGCAAUGCCAAUGAACGUAGCAUCCGAAUUCCAAGUUACUUUGAAGCCGAAACAGCACGCGAAAGUCGAAGUCCUGGCCACUAAGGAAAUCAUGACGAUUCGGGUGGACUUCGAGACCAGUUUAGUUGGAGCUGUGGCUAUGAACUACGAUAAGGAGUACAAGGGUCACCGUUUCUGGGCGAUGGACAUCAGCACGGUGCAAGAGGCUGGUGGGAUGAGGAAGCAGGUGGAGUCCUCGGAAGUCAUCGAAGUGGUUCACCUUAGAGACGUGACAGUGCGAGUGACUGACGUCACAACUGGUGACGUCAUAUACACCGCCCCCGCAACUAUGCACUGAUUAGGUACCUACUGUGAAUAUGAUUUUGUACUGUAUUUUUUAACUAGAUAUUAUGCUUGAAUAAAUUAUUUUUAUGUGUC